GCGGCCCAUUAGCAUAGGGGGCGUGACGGUGGAACCGGAAGUCUCUUUGGCUGCACAGUGGGGUGAGAGAGCAAAUCUACUUAGGCCCUGCAAUGUUUCCCAUCCCUUUGAAGAAAAGAAAGAAGGAAACUCCAGUUGCCAUAGAUCUAGAAGCUUCAGCUGGCUUAUUCCCUGAGGUCUGCAUAUUCUUGGUGGAACGCAGGAUGGGAGCGGCACGACGGGGCUUCCUUACAGCACUGGCACAGAGGAAAGGGUUCACCGUGGUACAGGAGUACAGUGAUGCAGUGACACAUGUAGUGUCAGAACAGAAUUCUCUCACUGAUGUUCUCAGCUGGAUAGAGAAGAAGACUGGAAGACGGGUGCAAAGUGUAGAAGGACAGAAGUGUCCACAUUUCCUGGACAUCAGUUGGUUCACAGAGAGCAUGCACUCAGGAGAGCCUGUGUCAGUGGAAGUCAGACAUUGUUUACAGGGUGAAAGAACGUCUUCCUCCACUGAAAAAGCUGAUCAUUUAGCUGUACUGCAUUAUGCCUGCCAACGGCGAACGCCCUUGAACCAUCAUAAUUCGCAAAUCACGGAUGCCCUGGAGAUCUUGGCACGAGCAGCUUUUUUCCAAGGUUCAGAGGUUCGAUAUCUUGGUUUCACCAGAGCAGCAUCCACAUUGAAGUCCCUGCCUUACAAACUACAGUCUGUAAACGAAGCUGAGGAUCUGCCGUGGUGUGGUGGGCACUGCAAGUCCGUCAUCCAGGAAAUAAUGGAAGAUGGAGUGUGUAGAGAAACUGAAGAGCUCAAAUCCAGUGAGCAUUACCAAUGUAUGGAGCGGUUCACCAGCAUUUUUGGAGUUGGGGUGAGAACAGCAGAACGAUGGUACAAAGAUGGCGUGCGGAAACUGGAUGAUCUGAAAGACCCAAAAGUUACACUGACCGCAAAACAGAGAGCAGGGCUGGAACAUUACAGAGACUUGCAACUUCCUGUAACGCGCAAGGAGGCUGACCGCGUACAAUGUGUGAUAAGAGAAGCCCUGCAGACAUUUGUCCCCGACAUCCAGAUUACAAUGACUGGGGGCUUUUGCAGGGGGAAGCAGCAGGGCCAUGAUGUAGAUUUCCUCAUCACACAUCCUGAUGACAGUGCAUUGACUGGACUACUGAAGAAAGCUAUGGAUUGGAUGGAUGGCAAGGGUUUGCUUUUGUACCGACACAUGAAGGAACGUUCCCAUGUACCCCACAGAGUGAACAGAAACAUGGAUGGUCAUGAAACUUGCUAUGCAAUCUUUGCACUUCCUAUCAGUGACUUGACGAAGUCAGAGUGUGAAUUGGUGGUUUGUGGUGUGGUGCACAGAGAUUCAAAUGGCUCGGGUGUCGCUUCUCCUAUCUGGAAAGCUGUCAGAGUGGAUUUAGUGGUCACUCCUUACUCAGAAUAUCCAUAUGCCCUUCUGGGCUGGACGGGAUCAAAGCACUUUGAGAGAGAGCUGCGACGCUUCUCAUGGCAGGAAAAAAAAUGGACUCUUAACAGCCAUGGACUCUUUGAUGGAGAAAAGAAAUGUUCCUUCUCUGCAAUAUCAGAGGAAGAUAUCUUUGCACAUUUGGGUUUGGAGUAUGUGCCCCCCUCAGACAGAAAUGCCUGACGAUCAUCCUUUGGUUCAUGUACGUGUCUGUGAUUAUUUUACUGAGGAUCUGUAAAGGUAUUCUAUUUUUGUAAACGCAAAGCACAAUUUUUCUAUAUAAAGUUUUUAAUGGUUUUAAUAGUUCUGUGGUGGUGGUAGAAUAAUUUUUAAGUAAAAAGUUCACUUUUUUUUUUUUUUGGCAAGUAACAUUUUUUUUCUCAUUUACUCCCUCUGGCGCUGACUAUUUUUUUUAUUCUUUGCACACUCACUGAUCAGUGAGACCAGAACCUGGUGAAGAUUUUCAUAGUACAGUUCUUGGAGUUUAGGUCUGAUUAGCCAGGCAUACAUGGAUGUUUGAAAAACUUUACUGUGAUCUCAGGUACAAUUAAAACAUAUCCUGUAAUAAGUGAA